AAAAUAAAAAAUAAAAAAGCACAAAAUAGCAAUGUUUGUGUGUCUGUCUCUCCCUCAUGAGAGGUUUUUGGGACACCUUCCUCAAAUUUGUUCAAAUCCUCCUUCAUCAUCCUAUUUUUCUUUUUUCUGUCAUUUUCCUCACGUUUUAGUUUGUGUUUAUAGUAUUCAAUUCAACCGUUUCCUUUGGAAUUCUCGCAAUUCGGGUUUGUUUGAACCCACACAUACUACACAUUGUCUUAAUUUUCCAUCCCCUGGACGGUGACACCUUUUUCAACGCAAUACACCCAUUCCUCCUGGGAAUUCUUCAUCUUUAUGUCAUUUUUUAAAAAUCUUUUUGGCCAAGACUGGAUCUUUCUGGUGCCCAUUUGAAGCUUUGCUUUGCUUUUGAAACAAAGUCCAUAAUUUGGCUGUUUGAAUUGGCGAAGGGGGUAAGGGGUGGUGGAUUUGUUUUUAUUUGGCUCUUCUCACUUGCAUUGGGUCAGUGAGGUUAAAGAUGAGCGAGGAUGAAAAUGAAGAACGUGUUUUUGAGAUGGGGGUGGUGAUUCCUAGGAGAGUGAUUCAGGAGGAAGACAAAUCAUGUGACUGUGCACACGUCCUUGUAAAGGAGUUUGAGAAGGUGGGGUUUGAAGUUGAGAGAGUUAUUGGCAUUGCAGAUGAGUUCAUCAAGUUGGCUGCACCUUUGGAAACAUUGGGGAGGGCUGCAGCUGAACUGCAAAUCAAGAAACGGACUCAUAUUGGUAUGGAUUUGCAAUUUGAGGUGGAGGAGGUCGAAGCUUUUGUGAAACAACCGGAUGGUUCCAUUUUCAGUUGGUGUGAGCGUUUUCAGUGCUACUGUCACUUAAUAUAUGGAAUAGUAAACGACAGCAAGUCCGCGAAAGCCCUUAAAUUUGAUGGAAAAGAAAUCAAUUGGGAAAUUGGGGAGAAUCUGAUUCUGAAAUUGGAAUCAGAGAACAUUGUUAAGCAAGUCUUUCCUUUGCAUGAUGAAAAAAAGAGAAAGAAGCUUCUCAGGAGUUGGGCACUUCAUUGGUGGCACUUCACAAGUCAGCCAAUAGAUGAGAUUUAUACAUAUUAUGGGGCAAAGAUUGCAAUAUACUUUGCUUUUCUUGGAAUGUACACACGGUGGCUGCUCGUUCCUGCUGCAUUUGGGCUUACUUUGCAAUUGAUAGAUUUUGGGCCAUUGAAAUUGGUGUUGCUCCCUGUCUUCUUUAUCAUGGUGAUACUUUGGGCUAUAAUGUUUUCUCAGUUCUGGAAGCGUAAAAACAAUGCACUUUUAGCUAGAUGGCCUAUUAGUUCUGUAGAUACAACUGAUGGAGGAUACAAGAUCACUGGCAGAAAGGAAAGCACCUGGCAGCCCCCAAUGGAACUCAUGAAAGUACUUGAGUCUGAUAGAAUUAAAGCGAAGGAAGCAUUCCAAAAAUCUGAGUGGCUUGAGCGUUUCUUGCGAUUCAGAAAUGAUACUUUUAUUAUCGUCACCAUCAUAUGCCUCCAGUUACCAUUUGAGUUGGCAUAUGCCCAUCUUUAUGAAAUUCUUGAUUCUGAUGUAAUUAAGUUUGCUCUCACUGCUGUUUACCUAUUCGCCAUUCAGUAUAUUACCAAGAUGGGUGGCAAGCUGUCUGUCAAACUUAUCAUGAAAGAAAACAAUGAAAACACAGAAAAACGAGCUGACAGCUUGGUCUACAAGGUGUUUGGUCUGUACUUUAUGCAGACAUACAUUGGAAUCUUUUAUCAUGCCUUGUUGCAUCGCAAUUUUUCAACUCUUCGUCAAGUGUUGAUUCAGCGGCUUCUACUGUCCGAGGUGCUGGAAAACUUAUUGGAAAAUUCAUUGCCUUAUCUCAAGUAUACCUAUAAAAAAUACAGGGUUCGACAUAAGAAGAGAGCGAGAGGAGAAGCAAGAGAAAAAAUCCAAAUUACUUCUAGAGUAGAGAAAGAAUACCUUAAGCCCCCUUACUCUGCUAGCAUUGGUGAUGAACUUGAAGAUGGAUUAUUUGAUGAUUACUUAGAAUUGGCAUUGCAGUUUGGCAUGAUUUUGAUGUUUGCUUGUGCAUUUCCACCUGCAUUUGUUUUUGCUGCUGUGAACAAUAUUAUGGAAAUCAGGACAGAUGCUUUGAAGCUGCUAGCCAUUUUGAGGCGCCCUGUUCCUCGGGCUGCUGCAACAGUAGGAGCCUGGCUUAACAUAUUUCAGUUUCUCAUAUUGAUGUCUAUAUGCACCAACUGUGCCCUUUUAGCAUGGCUAUAUGAUGAGAAAGGGAAAUGGAAAAUAGAGCCUGGACUUGCAGCAAUCUUAAUCAUGGAGCAUGUUCUCUUGUUGAUUAAGUUUGGUUUCUCUCGAUUCGUUCCUGAGGAACCUGCUUGGGUAAGAGCGACCCGUGCAAAACGCACCACACAGGCACAGGAUAUGUGUUCUAAGAAGCUUCUAAGGACUAUUUCUGGAGUGGACAAGAAGUUUGGAAUGAAAAAAUUGAACUGAUGCUUUUCCAGCUUAUUAUUACUACUUUAUUGCCACUUACACACGAGAUAGUGAAAAUCCGUAUGCUGUAUUGUAUUUUAUUAUCUUAGUUUCUUUUCCCUUGGCUGAAUUGUAUAUUAAGAAGGGAUUUUGCUUU